CUAUCUCUCAAAAACGUGUGCACUGCCACGGCCGUACGUGCGCGCUCCCGUGGUGCGAUUCUGUCUGAUAGUGAUAGAAGUUGGGACGAGAAAUGGCAGCGUCCGUGUGUCGAGUCGGGAGCACACUGAGACGAGCUUUUGUGAAAGCUCGUAGCCCUGCUCUCCUGUCUGUGAAGCGGGGCCAGGCUAGUGUUUCCUAUGCUCAGAGCCUUCUGGCAAUCCCUGAGGCACAGCUCACCACUCUGGACAACGGCUUACGGGUCGCUUCUGAGGAGACUGGACAUGCCACCUGCACUGUGGGCCUGUGGAUCAGCUGUGGCAGCCGCUAUGAGACUGAGAAGAACAACGGAGCAGGCUUCUUGCUGGAGCAUAUGGCCUUCAAGGGAACAAAGAAGCAUCCCCAGUCAGCUCUGGAGCAGGAAGUAGAGUCGAUGGGAGCUCACCUGAAUGCCUACACCACCCGUGAGCACACUGCCUACUUCAUGAAGACCCUCAGCAAGGACAUGCCCAAAGCGGUGGAGCUGCUGUCGGAGGUGGUGAAGAGCGUGGCGCUGAACGAGGCGGACCUGGAGCGGCAGCGCGGGGUGGUGCUGAAGGAGCUGGAGGAGGUGGAGGGCAGCCUGCAGGACGUCUGCCUGGACCUGCUCCACGCCACCGCCUUCCAGGGCACCUCCCUGGGUCACAGCGUCCUGGGGCCCACGCAGAACGCCAGAUCUCUGACCCGGCAGGACUUGGUGGAGUACAUCAACAGCCACUACAAAGCCCCGCGCAUGGUGCUGGCUGCUGCUGGAGGAGUAAAUCACAGUGAGCUGGUGGGUGUGGCCAAGCAGCACUUCAGCGACGUGUCCUUUGAGUACGAGGGGGACGCCGUGCCCGUAACGCCACCCUGCCGCUUCACCGGGAGCGAGAUCCGCGUGCGUGAUGACGCCAUACCCCUGGCCCACGUCGCCAUCGCAGUGGAGGGUGCCAGCGCUGCCAGCCCAGACAUCGUGCCCCUCAUGGUGGCCAACGCCAUGAUUGGCAGUUAUGACAUCACCUUCGGUGGGGGCAAGAACCUGAGCAGCCGUCUGGCCUGCAUGGCGGUGGAGGAGGACCUGUGCCACAGCUUCCAGGCCUUCCACUCCUCCUACAGCGACACCGGCCUGCUGGGCGUCCACUUCGUCUCCGACAAGCACAAAAUCGAGGACAUGAUGGACUGCGUCCAGAACCAGUGGAUGAACCUGUGCACCACCGUCACAGAGAGCGAGGUCUCCAGGGCUAAGAACGUGCUGAAGGCCAGCCUCCUGAGCCAGCUGGAUGGCACUACCCCACUCUGUGAGGACAUUGCCAGGCACAUCCUCGCCUUCGGCCGGCGGGUCUCCCUGGCUGAGUGGAAUGCCAUGAUUGAUAGUGUUACCGCAAAGGUGGUGCGUGAUGUCUGCUCCAAAUACCUCUAUGACAAGUGUCCUGCAGUGGCUGCUGUCGGUCCUGUGGAGCAGUUGCCCGACUACAACAGAAUGCGCAGCGCCAUGUACUGGCUCCGCUUCUAAACCUGCCCCCAGGGACGAGCUCCCCAGACCUGUCCCCAUCCUUCCUACUUCUCCCCCUCCUUCUCCUCCUCCUUCCCCCUCCCCAUCUCCAUGUGACAUGAGGAGGGAGAGGUCUGGGCUCAUCGGUUCAGAGAACUCACAGUUUGUGUCACCUGCUGUCCCUUUGUCGUGAUGUCACACACCUUCCUUCAUUAUGACCGGCCCCCCCAUGUGUGUCAGAGCAGGGCGGGGUUUUGGCUUUAGGAUGGGCUGAACAUUGCCUUCACGCUCUGCUUCUUUUGCUAUUUUUACUGUCAAAUUUUAUUCAGAAGAAAAAAAAUGCAAUUCAAUCCACAGGAAUAAGAAACCAGGGAAUGUUGUCGGCUGUUUUUCUCGUCUUAAAAUAUCUACAUUUUCUUGGGCGUUAGUUGUUCAGAUGACGUGAAAUUUACUGGUACAGAGUUUAAAUUGCACAAACGAUUACAACCAGAGGAGCACAGGGAGGUAUUUAUGAAUUGUUGUUCUAGCUUGUCUACCAGUGUAAAUAACAGUCGCUCUCAUUCCGAAAAAGUUCAAAUAAACAAUUGUGAAAUGUA